CAUUGUUUACUCGGUUAAUCGCUUAUCUCGAGGCAUAGCGGGGGCCCACCGGCUUCAAGUUACUACAGAAAAGAUUCGCAUGUUUCCAGAAAAUCACAAACAGGUACUGCGAGCUGUCACAUGAAGACAUACACCUUUAUUUGUUACCUGAAGGAAAAUCAAGAAACGUGUCAACUCGUGAACAAUGGCAGCCUACACGACAAUCACCGGGGCCUUGCAGCUUCAUGCUAAGCACAUACCACAGCGUCCGGCAUUCAUCUUCCACGACUGCCAGGGUGGUCGCCAGGUCCUCACCUACGAGCUCAUCUAUCGUCUUGGUGGACGGUGGGCCGCUGUACUCAAGGCAUCGGGCUUGGGGCGUGGUCACUUCAUCCUCAACACGCUGCCCAACUCUCCCGAGAGAGCUGUGUGCGAGACGGGCCUCCUCAUGUCGGGGGCCGUCUCCGUCAACGGUCAGUGUCAGCUGGCAGACGGCUCCGACAUCCUAUACGGACUGAACAAAUCUCAAGCCACAGCUAUCGUCAUCGACCCUGACGUCCACAACAUCCCGUGGAACGCGCUCAGGACCAGCCUGGAACUCAUCGGCCAAAACUAUGUCGCUUCUGAGAAGCUCCCGAGUCUCAGGAAAGUCUUCUUUAUUCGGCGACGCGAAAAGGGUAGCGACGACGACUUUCUGAGUCACCUGGAAAACCUCAACGACUGGUUCUACGACGACAGUAUCAGUGUGGAUGACAUCUGCUCGGUCUUCACCACCUCGGGCAGCACUGGCUUUUCUAAGCUGGUCGUCAAAACGCACGGCGACAUAGUAAAUUUCGUAAAGAAUAUGGAGUCUGACAACUAUGAAAUUCCAGAACAUUUAAUACAAUUCAUUAUUUCUCCCUUUGGCUGGGUAGGAGGAUUUGUGGGAUACAUGUUUAUCGCAGCGACCACCCGAGUUCUUUUCGAUAUAAGAACUGGGAUACCUGACGAUAUAGCUGAACUUAUAUAUCAAACGAUACAAGAAGAAAGAUGUGAUACUUGUUUCAUUUCACCAAUAUAUAUUCUUCAAAUUUUUAAUAAAAGAAGAGCGUUGUUGGAAGAACAAAAGAAACAGGGCUGUGAACGGUCUGUUUUCGACAGCGACUGGAAAUUAAAACAGCUCUUUCUUGCUGGGCAGCCGAUAACUAAACAAAUCAUAGAAGCAGCAUCAGCUUUUUCUGACAAAAUUAAGGUCGGCUAUGGGGGAACCGACAUUGGGAUGAUAUCAUUCCUCGACGUAGAUGACCCAAACAAGUAUAACGACUUCGACUGCGGUACUCCUACUCCAGGGGUAGAGAUAAAGAUCGUCAACACUGAAGAUGAGGGUACAAUCAUGCCAACUGGAGAACGUGGCCUUAUUUUGGUCAAGCACGUGGACAGUAGAGUCCAAUUACUCAAUGACCCUGAUGCCACAAAAGCACUCUAUACCUCAGAUGGCUUUUUUCGAACUGGUGACAUAGGGAAGCUCACCGCUGAUGGUCACCUCAUCGUGGAAGGUCGAGGCAGCGACGCCAUUUCUCGUGGUAUGUAUAUUUUCUACCCUGGGUGGCUUGAAACUCGAAUUCGUCGGUGUCCCGGAGUGGUGGACGUGGCGGUGGUAGGUGUGCCGGAUCCCGUGGUCGGCGAAGAGCUCUGCGCGUGCUUGUUGCUGGAGUCGGACGACAUCACCGUGAAGUCAGUACAAGAGUUUGUAGAGAAGGACAUCGUUUCCUCCAUCGAUGACCCACUUUCACCGAGACCCAGAUUUUACUUGAAGUUUGACUCGUUUCCUUUGACCAGCACAGACAAGACGUUUCGCAGGGUAAUCAGGGAAGAAGCAGCAGCUCGUCUCUCAAAGAAAGAUGAAGAAAUCUAAGUACAUAGUGCAUCUUCGUACCUUUACCUUGUGUUUAUACAGUCAUAAACUUCUAAUGUCUUUGCUUUAUGUAUGUAUCUUCACUCCUAUAGCAAUGCUUUUUUCUCCUUCUCUAUUUCCCUCUCAUAACGAGAGGAACACAAAAAAAUGGAAUGUUCUUCAGACUUGACCUUUCGCCGUCAAAUUCGUACUACGAAGAAAUAGAGAUUGUAAACGGAGUUUGUAUUGUUGAAUAACGUAUGCUUGAUACUCAAGACAAAUUUUCGGAUGUUUAUUUUAUGCUAUGUGGAGACUUUAAUGCGAGGACCAGCUCUUGUAUUCCCGAUGACAGUCGCCUGUCCUUUGAUCGUGUGGAUUUUGAAAUAGAUAAACCUGUGUCGUCCGAAUACAAUCGUGAGUCAGGAUAAUUGUGUUAAUGCCGUUGGCAUCUACUAAGUACAUAUGUGUAAAGAAUUUGACAGUGAUUCUAAACCGUCUGCUAUUAUGAGGUUCAAGUGGUGACUUUACUUAUAACUCUCCCAACGGCUCAAGCGUCAUUGACUAUUACUUGAUUUCUGUUCAGCUUGUUACUUUGAGUCAGACUCUGCACGUGGCAUCACGUGAUAAGUCACAACACAUGCCUGUGGAGUUGUGCCUCACAGUUAGCAGGAAACCUUCGUCACGGACCUACCAUCAUGUUUUAGAGAGAAAUGUGUGUCGCUAUCUGAAAGAUCAAGUGUAUGAGUGGAAUGUAUCAAGUCAGAUGAAGUUCAAGAAUAUUUUAAAGAAGCUUUAAUUGCUGUUGAUUUUGACAUAGAGGUUGCUCUUUAAAGUUUAAUCAAGGUCUAAAAAAACUGGACACUGUAUGAAAAGAGA